AUGCAAACAGCCCUUGUGUGCCUGUGCCUGUGCCUGCUCAGCACGGCCCUCUCAACACCCGUGCCACCGCCGCUGCCUGGGAGAGCUGCCGGGAACUGUGUGGGACAGCACCGGAUACUGCUGAAAGGCUGCAAUGCCAAGCACGGCUUCUACGUUUUCAAAUAUGUCUACUCAUUUUCGACACGGAGGAACCAGACACAGAUAAAGAAGGAAGAGGCCGACAGCCAGAGUGCUGCCCCCGGCCGCCAGCUGGGUGACGACAAAGCCAGGCAGGGGCCAACGGAGGACCGGGUGGCCCCGGAGCAAGGUGACAACAGCAGCACUGAUACAGUGGAGAACGGGACUGGCCUCAAGCCCGAAAACCGCAGUGCCCCAGGCACUGGCAGGGAUGCUCACAGUCCUCGCCCAGGCACCGGCACGCGAGCGCGUGGUGGUGUCGGUGUCGUGGGUCCCACCUCGGCCAGCUCAGAGGGCAGUGGCGACCUGGAUUUGGUGGUUGAAGUUGAUGGUGGUGUUUCCAUUCUCCCCCAGGGUGGACGCCCCAGAGAGGCCGUGGCAGGGAACAUCUCCACUGUCAGGAGUGAGGACAGGGAUGAUGGUGCCCCCAGUGGGGUUCCAGUGGAGGGGGCCAUGACAGCUGGGAGGGAGAGGGCCCCUGCCACCGGAGGGGCUGGGGAUGAUGAGGGCAGUGGUGAGGCCACCAUCCCUGGCCAAGGGCAGGAGGGGAUCAUGCGGGGCACAGGGACACGAGGCGCUACUCUUGCCUCUGUAACUGAGAAGAUGGAGGAUGUUCAAGUUGAUGCUGAAGGUGUGGAUGAAUACGCUUACAUCCCAGACUCGGGCAGCGUCACCGUCACCCACGGGAAGGUGGGCAGCACAGUGAGGGCCACCAGAUUCACCCAAAUCUCUCCAGACAAGGAUGACAAAGUCAACAUCUUCAUUGGGAGGGCCAACAUCCAUGUAGGGGAGCAAGAAGCCACCCAGGCUGGUGCCACUGUAGGAAGCAAGGAUGAUGGCAUGCCUGCUGUGGGAACCAGCAGCCCCCUGCCCAGGCUGGGUGUCACUGCUGCACACGACAGUGAUGAUGAUGAUGGCAUCCCUGCUCGCAGGCAGCCUGAAGAAUUGACUACCACAGCCACGCUGAGCCAUGUGGACAGUGUCACCAGCAGACCUGGGGAUGGCCAUCCCACAGGAGAUGACGAGGAAGCUGCCACCGCCGUUGGUGAUGAAGAAGGACAAGGGGCCCCCAGCCCCUGGAGGGUCGCUGAUGGUGUCACUACCAUCCCCGAGGAGGCUGGCAUCCAUGGGAACAGUGAUGAUGAGGCAAAAGGUGAGGGGCAGAGGUUCGACAGGAGGCCGGGCCACCUGGGUGUCACCACCCCCCGCCAGGUGGGUGACAAGGAGGCCACUGCCGCUGUCCCAGCCGAGGGGGCCAGCAUCCGCCUGGGCACCACCGUGGCCUCCCCUGGGGUGAGCGAGGGGGACUGCACCACUGCUGUGGAGAUGGCCGGUGGCCGCACGGCAGGCGAGAGCACCAUAGCAGGGAGAGGGGGGAGCGGGGAAGUGGGGCCAGCCACCCCCCAGCCCCAUGGGGAGGGAUGGCCCAGGGUGGGGGUGAGGGUCCGGCCUGGGGGAGCAGGGCUGGACAAGACACCCAGGAUGGACAAAGCGCUGUCCCCACGCACAAAAGCCAUUAGCCGGGUGUCAAGUGGAGCCCAGAUAAGGGCUGACGGCCGUGACGGUGAUGCCGGGGGCAGGCCGCGCACCACUGAAGCAGGGGGCAGUCCCCCUCCGCCGGCAGGGCAAGCCAGGGGCAGCACGGCAGCGGUCAAAGGCCAGGAGCGAGGGCGAGGUGAUGAGGCGACGGUGUUGGGGGCCCGGAGGGGCCACCUCCCCAGGCACCAUGGCAGGAGACCAGGGUCCGGGGCACCGGGGGCAUUUGCGGCGCUGGGCCACAGCAGGCAGGUGGACCAGGUGAAGCGUGCCGACGAGCUCCACGUCCGCGAGCGGGCCUUUUAUGCCCUUGGUGGGGCGGGGGGCGGCCCCCGUGGCUCCUACACCAGCCUCGGGAGUGCCGACAGCAGCCAGUCCUCCGAGGGGGAGCAGGGCAGCCACAGCGACAGCCGACAGACGGGGCUGCGGCCCUCGGGGUGGGGAGCCCCAGGGCACCCCCAUGGCCACUGGAGCCAGGGGGCCCUCUGA